AUUUCUUCCCAAUUUUAAUAAUCCGACAAAAACUACUAAUAUUUAUAUUCGUGGUUUACCACCUACUACAACUGAUGAAUCUUUGCACAAGAUGUGUUCGAUAUACGGUGCUAUUACUUCAUCGAAGGCUAUUAUAGAUCAAAAACAAGGCGACUGUAAAGGUUAUGGUUUUGUUAUGUAUGAAUCUGAAGAUCAAGCCAAACAUGCCAUUGAACAAUUGACGCGAUUGGGAUUGCAAGUUUCCUUCGCCAAGGAAUCGUUCAGCACUCGAUUGAAGAACCUUCAGGAUUUAGCUUCUACAAACAUAUAUUUGUCCAAUUUACCGUUGGAUAUGAAUGAACAAGUGAGCAUUGAAACAUUUUUGGGAGGAGAAAUGGAAGACCGCGAUUCUGCUUUGGCCAUAAUUCAAAAGUUUAAUGGCUAUCAACUUCCUGGAGCCAAUUUACCUCUGCAAGUUCGAUUUGCCGAUUCUUUGGCACAGAAAAAGUUAAAAGGACAGACUGCUAAGAGGCGCAUGUGGAGAACUAGAGAAUUCCCAUCUUUGGGAGGCAGAAUCAUUCCACAAGUUCCUGUUACUCCGGAGCAUAUGUUGGGUAUGGCAACACCUGGCUCUCCACCAGGUCAUGGGGCUUAUCUUCAAUAUUAUUCUGAAGGAGUUCAACCUCCAGGAGCUUAUCCUGCUGGCUCAAUUUCUCCUCCAUUCGGUCCCCAAUAUGUUCCGCGGUAUUAUCAACCGCUUUAUUCUGGACCAAUUUUACACCAUGGAAUGGAAGGUCAAAUAGUGGCUACUGAUACAUCAGCACCGAAUCCGCCUGAGACCUUAACUAAUGACGUUCCUCUGAUAGUCACUAGUGAUCCCACUGAGGAGUUAAGUGAGUUGGUUAAAACGAAGCUGAAUGUUGAUGGCGGUGAGAAUGAUAGUGGAGCUGAAGGAGGAGAUACAAAAUCAUAA